AUGCCUGCUAACGGUGACUUGGGUCAAUUGUUGCAAAUGGGUGAUGAUUCGGACCCUUGUGCGGAAUUCCUGAAAGAGCUGCCCAAAGACAUCAAGCGACGCAUCUGCGCCCUCAAGAAGCUUCAGCUCCAAUCUCUUGAAGUUGAGAGCGAGUUUUUUCAACGUGUUCAUCAGCUUGAGAAGGAAUUUGAAAGCAAAUUCAACAAGCUCUAUGACUUGCGCCGCAAGGUUGUGACUGGCGAAAAGGAGCCAACUGAUGAGGAAGCCAAUGCUCCAUUGCUGCAUGGUGCUACUCCUGAAGAGCUAGCUGCCCUCAAUGAAACUGCUCCUGAGACAUCUGACAAGAAGGGAGUGCCAAACUUUUGGAGUCAUGUCUUCGAGAAUUGUGAAACGAUUUCUGAAAUGAUUCAAGAGCACGACAAAGAUAUUCUCAACUAUUUGAUCGAUGUCACAACUACUGUCGAAACCGCUCCAGAAGAGGGCUUCUCAUUGGCUUUCUACUUUGCUGCAAAUCCUUAUUUCAAAAACUCGGUGCUCACCAAGAGAUACUUCCUUCAAAUGAAGCCUGAGGAAGAUAACCCGUUUGAGUUUGAUGGGCCAUCGGUGAUUCGCACAACUGGUGAUCAAAUCCAAUGGGAAGAUGGCAAGGAUCUGACCAAAAAAAUCAUCAAGAAGAAGUCGAAGAAGGGUGCAAAUGCUGGAAAGUUCUUGACAAAGACUAUCAAAGCUGAUUCAUUUUUCAAUUUCUUUGAUCCGCCCGCUUGCGAUCAUGAUCACCAAAAUGAGGACGACGAUGACUUGGAAGAAGAGCGCGAACUCUUGCGUGCAGACUUCGAGCUUGGCCAGUUGAUGCGGAGUGUUGUUAUCCCAAGGGCUGUGCUUUUCUACACUGGCGAGCAGACUGACGAUGAUUUCUUCGACGACGCUGAUUUUGAGGAUGACGACGAUAUGGAAGAUGAGGAUGAUGAU